AUGACUUCCAAUUCAGAUUUCACGGAUCCGGGUAGCAGCACGUAUGCCUCGGAUACGUUGCAUGUUGGGGAUGGGACUUGGGACAAGGGCCGCGAUACGUUUCUCCUACCCAAUUUGAUGGGGGUAAACUUUGCGACGAUGCAAUAUAAUGGAAUGGGCAAUCGAUUUCGAAAUAUGACCGGUUACCAUUCCAUGAUAAUCGCGCAUGGUGUCAUUGCAACAAUCGUGUUCCUCGGCCUCGUUCCCUUUUCGGUCCUGCUAAUACGAUACUACUCUCGGUGGAAUCCUUUUUGGGCCUUCAAACUACAUGUUUGGUGCCAGGUUUUGACACUCCUAUUGACCACGGUCGUAUUCGUGCUUGGUUGGUUUGCUGUCGGUCCUGAGAGGAGCUUGACAAACCCUCACCACGGGAUCGGAUUGGCAAUCUAUGUCAUUGUUAUUUUUCAGGUUAUAUGGGGCUGGCUUCUCCACAAGAUUGAGAGCAAGAGGCACAGCCCUCAUGUUCCUUUGAAGCUAGUGCUCCAUCGAUGGCUUGGUCGCAUCUUGGUCAUCUUAGGAAUCAUCCAAAUACCCUUAGGACUCACUCUAUAUGGCUCACCAAAAGUAUUGUUCAUCCUUUUCUCGCUCGCUGCCUUCGCGUAUUUGGCGGCUCUCUUCGUGUUGUCUUAUCUCUACGAUACUGAAGGAUAUCCUACGGGAAAUGAUUAUGAUAGUCGGCAUAGCUAUCUUUCGGGACCUUCAUCCGGCUACCAUAGUCACAGCAACUUGGGUCCGACGGCUGGAGGAGCUGGGUUGGCCAAUAUGUUCCGUCGCCGCUCCCGAAGAGACCGUUUUGAUGACGAUCACACAUCAUAUAUGGAUGAGAAAUACUCUAACGACGGCCCGCGCCGCAGUGGCUGGGGGAAGAAGUUCCUUGAGCUAGGUGCGCUUGCUGGUGCGGCGGCUUUCGCCAAAAAGAUAUACGACAAAAGGCGCGAUCGUGAAAAUGACACUGAAUCAGGGCGGUACAGCCCAGCCCACAGGAGUGAUAGUAUGACGGAGGAAAGCUUAAGCAGGCUUGAAGAUGGACAUCGACCAGAGCCGAGUCAUAGAACACCGCUUAAUCGUCCUCCAAGUAGGCCACCGAGCAGGACACAGAGCCCAGGCUCGUCCUAUUACUACAAUAGCACCUAUCUCACCGACCACGAUCAAGGGCCACCCCAUAAAGCUCGAAAUGCAUUUUUGGGUGCCGGUGCUCUUGCAGCCGUUAAGAAUUUCUUCACACGCCGCAAGGGAGAUGAUGAACAGCGCCGGGUGGAGGAAAUGCGUCGUCACGACCUCGAGGACGAACGAAUUGCCAGAGAGAACAGCAGGCGAAGAUACACGGGAGAUGGGUAUUAUCCACGACGAAGAGCAGAUUCCUACACUGCAACGGACUUAUCAACCGAGAUGAGUCGACCGCCACGAGGUCCUUCUCAUGGAGAAUCGGCCAUCUCUCCAGGACCUGCUCCAGGAGGUGUUGAUGGAGCCCACUCAGAACUGCCUGUAUCAGAUUUCCCAGCUUCAACUAACCGCCACGAGUUGCCCUCAGAUGUCACGGGCCCCAAUCCGUCUCGACCAGAUACGACUGAUUUGGCAUCCGGAGCGGCAGCUGGCACGGCUGCGGGAACAUCGUCUAGUCAUCGUCGCCGUAGCAGCAGCAGACGACGUGAGCAAGUUGCAUCGCCUCCUGUGUCUGUCAAAUUGAAGAUGCACAAUGACGGCCGUCAUGUCACUCUUCGACGAUUGACCGAGGAAGAAGCUGCAGCCAACCGUGAAGCCAAACGUCGGGAAAGAAGAAGCUCUCGUCGCCGCAAUGGCAGCGUGAGCUCUCUAUCCGGCAACGAAGGUGGUUACGACCGGUGGCGACGUGUCGAGGAAUUGGAGCGUCAACAAGCCGAGCAGAUUCAACGAGAACAGGAGGCAGCUGCCCACUCCACUGCCCCCACUGGCAGCGUUCCUCCAUCCUCCUACAUGCCGCCCUCUCAAAGCCAUAUCCCUCCUCCGCCACUCCAUCCUCCUUCAAGCUUGCCAUACGGGGCUGGAAGCAUCACGUCUCCUGGCACAUUCACUGGAACAGAAGAAAGUGGAGACUAUGCAAACAACAGAAGACGGAGAAGAGCAGAACGAGCCCGAGCCCGAGAGAGACAGCAGCAGGUUGAAUUCACUUGA